GGAUCACCCGCCGUUAGAUCCAAUGAGUGAGCCCUAUCGCAGUGCGGAAGCAGUGAUUCGGAACUGGACGCCAGGGAGGCAGUUAACCUUGGCUACUAGCAAACAAGGAAAUGCCGACCCGGAUCAAUUCUAUGGCUUUCUGUCAUUUCGGGAUGGCCUAUAUUAUGUGACGCCAUAAAUGCCUCGAGUAGUAGUUUUACUUUUUCCUUAAACUAGCCUGUAAUCGAGAGAGAGGCAAAAGAGGAGAAGGGGAGGAACUAGGCAG